AUGAGUUCAUCUUUUUCCUGCUGCAUUGUCUUUCUCUCUGUCAUCUGUUUUUGCACUAAAAUCUGCUCUGCAGAUUCUGAUAAUCUCCAGGACACUUGCCCUACCUCCCCAUCAGCAAAACAAACCAUCUUCAUCAAUGGCUUCCCAUGCAAGAACCCAAAUAACAACAUUGCCCCUGAUUUCAAAACUUCCAAUCUGACCAAAGCUGGCAAUACAGACAAUUUCUUUGGCUCCUCAUUGAAUAUAGUGACUGCUGCAGAGUGGGCAGGCCUCAACACCCUUGGCCUCUCAAUUGCCAGAACAGACAUCAGAUUGGAUGGCUUGGUACCCCUUCAUUCUCACCCCAGAGCUUCUGAGCUGUUCUUUGUAAACAAAGGCAUAGUGCUUGCUGGGUUUUUUGACACCCAAAACCGGGCCUUCCAGAAGAUUCUUAAGGAAGGAGAUGUGUUUGUGUUCCCAAGGGGCCUGCUUCACUUCUCUCUGAAUGCUGGGUAUGAUUUGGCCACUGCUUACUCAGUGUUUAACAGCCAAAAUCCAGGAGUUGUGGCCAUCGCUGGUGCCAUGUUUAAGACUGAUCUGGAUAUGAUAUACAAGAUGACAAAAGGGUUUCUCUCUGAUCACAUCAAAAAUGUCACUUUUCCUGAUUCGUCAAGUCUCAACAGGCAGCAAUUCAGAAACUUCAAUCCUAUCAUAUGA